CUGGGUUUGUCUGUUGACUCCUCAGUUUGUUCUUCUGCUGGUUAGGCACUGAAACUGAGCUCAGAUUCAACUUUCCACCAAACACCAAGUGGUGACUUCAUCAUUCUCUCCCGUCUUUUAUCAGUGCUGAUUUUCUUUUCACUUUCCGUAUUAUUCGAUGAUUUUGCUUUCUCGAUUCAUCGAUGCUUAGGUUUUUAUUUAACCCAAAUUCAUACUCCCUGAUGACUGCGGUUGAUUUAUUAUGAUGAAAAUAGCAGUUGCUGCUGCAGUUGGUGCCCUGGGGUGGGCUUAUGUAGCUCUAAUAAAGCCUCCCCCUCCCAAAGUUUGUGGGUCACCAUGUGGUCCUCCAGUGACGUCACCCAGGAUUAAACUCAGUGAUGGGAGACAUUUGGCUUACAGAGAGAGGGGUGUGUCCAAAGAAAAGGCCACCUACAAGAUCAUCAUUGUCCAUGGAUUAGAUAACUCUAAAGAUUUGGAGUUGCCUAUCUCACAAGAACUCAUAGAAGAGCUCCAGAUAUACCUCCUGUCAUAUGAUCGUGCAGGAUAUGGUGAGAGUGACCCGUAUCCAAGACGCACUAUAAAGAGUGAAGCAUUUGAUAUUCAAGAGCUGGCUGAUAAGUUGCAAUUAGGACCUAAAUUCUAUGUGCUUGGCAUGUCAAUGGGAGCAUGUGCUGUUUACAGCUGCCUAAAGUACAUACCCCAUAGGUUGGCCGGAGUUUCACUUGUCGUUCCAUUUGUCCACUACUGGUGGCCUCGUUUUCCUGCAAAAAUACUGAAAGAAGGCUUGCAAAGACACCUUUUACAAGACCAACGGACAUUUAGAGUGGCACAUUAUGCUCCAUGGCUGUUGCAUUGGUGGAUGAAUCAAAAAUGGGUUCCUUCAUUAAGUAUGUUGCAAGGCAACAUGGCUGUUUUCUGUCCCAAAGAUCUUGAAACUAUACAACAGCUAAUGGAAGCCCCUAAUGACAAUCAGGAAAGACUAAGGCAACAGGGACUUCAUGAAUCUUUGUACAGGGACAUGAUAAUGGGUUUUGGGGAUUGGCAAUUCAGUCCAUUGGAUUUACCCAAUCCAUUUCCCAAUAACGAGGGCUCCGUCCACAUCUGGCAAGGCCAGGAGGACCGAAUCAUCCCGUCGGUUAUCAAUAGCCAUAUCUCCGAGCAACUCCCAUGGAUUCAGUACCAUGAAGUUCCUAAUGCCGGGCAUCUCAUGAUUUUUGAUUCCCGUUUAUGUGAAUCCAUCUUCAGAACCCUAGUGGCGCCAUGAAAUGAAUAAACACGUGAUGA